AGUGGGGCUAAAUACUGCAGUUGCGGACAGGGUAACUUGCACACCUAGAUAUACUUCUGAGACAUCCUGGAACUGAAAUGGAAAGUUCUCAGUUCACAGGGCUUAGGACGGGUGUGGCAUGGAAUCUCGGCCACUGCUGGAGAAAGCCCUUUGUCACAGCAGACUAUCUCAUGGCAGCUCAUGGGUCCAGGGGGCCCAUGAAAGUAGGGCAGCUCCCACCCACCCUCAUCCUGUUCACACCACAAGGUUCCAAGAGCCGACAGCCAGGACCAGGGCGCGCUGCAGCCCGUUGCGAACCCUGUGUCCUGCACCCUGACAGCGCAUCGGGCCUGGGCUGAGGGAACCUUCCUGGACUCUGGUCUGAGCUGAGAAUGUUGUAAACAAGCAAAGGAGGGUCCCAGUCUGGGGCCAAAGACAAUCAGGAGCUGCCGACCUGUCGCCAGGAAACAGUACUCUCCAUUCCAGCCAGUCUGGGGUCUGUUCAGCCGGUGGCUGAGUGCCUGAGGGGAAGAGUUCUCUGCCUGUCCAGGGGCCAUUCAGCCAGCCCACCAGGCAGCUGGAAGAUCACGCUUUGCGGCUGUUGUUCUUGGCUACUGAGGGGCUUCCUGGAGGCUGGGCCAGACUGAGUGUCAGAGGCUAGAGUCAGUUGCAGUGUUCUGGGGGUGAGGACAGAUAGUAAGGCAGUCUUACUGCCUGGGGUCUCGCCUACCUCUUUGGGAGGGCCAAGCCUGAGCUGUUUGCUACCAAAUGCCUUUUUCCUAUUAACUAAGCAUCCCGCCCAUCUGGGCAGGAAUAGGCUUAGGGCCUGACAAGCUGGGAGCCAGGCUCCUACUGCCAACAACCAGAUUUCACAUUUCUCUGGGAUGGAAAGAGCCCCUAGGAAGCCAGAGCCCGCCCCUCCCUGCUGAGCUCUGAAGGACGAGACGCAACGCAGGGAGCAGCUGGAGCAGCCUAGUGGAAAGCUGGAGCCCCAGUGUGUGCCAGGCGGAUGGAGGUGCAGAGAGACCCUGCGAAGAACAAGACUCAGAGGGCCUGGGGGAGCAUGGCUGGGACAGUGCAGUUCCUGGCUUGGCUGACGGUAGCCAUUUGCCUCCUCCCCGGGGUGACUACAACCUACCACCAUGCAGGGCAGCCCACGGACAGCACCAGCGUGGGAGGUGGCCCGAAGGAGCCAGAGGCCCCGGAAGUGAUGUUCGAGCUGCUCUGGGCGGGGCUGGAGCUGGAUAUCGUGGGGCAGCUGCGCCUCCAGGACGAGGAACUGGCAUCCACACGUCCAGGCCGCCGGCUCAGGCUCCUCCUGCAGCACCAGGUGCCCAGGGACUUGGAGGGCGCUGAGCAGCGGCUGCAGCAGCUCCAGGACCUGCGGAAGGGACCUCCUCUUAGCCCUUGGGACUUUGAACAUCUGCUCCUCACAGGCGUGUCCUGUGUCUACCGGCUCCACGUGGCCAGCGAGGCCGAGGAGAGAGGCCGCUGGGCCCAGGUGCUCACCCUCCUGGCACAGGAAGCACUCUGGGACCUGUGCAAAGGCUUCUGCCCCCAGGGCCAGCCCCCUCCUCUGGGGCCCUGGGCCUCCAUGGUUGACUCCUUCCCCUAACCCCUCCCCUUUUGCUUGCCAUCCCUCCUUCCCCCUCGCCCACCAGCCCCAACCUGAGCCAGACCCACCUUUGGCAGGGGCUUCCAUCUGGCAGCCGGUUCUUGCCACUGUGUUCGGGUCUCUGGGCUUGCCUUGUAUAACUGGACCCCAGUCUACCCCUCCCCCAUCUUCUUCCUCGGGCCCAGGUUCUGGGUCCCAGACCAGCAGGCACAGACCUAAGGGCAGGACUUGCAGGCAGUGUGUGUGUUUGAGAAGUGUGUUUAAGAGAUGCUGAAAAGGAAGCUCCCACCCUCCAACUCCUACCCUGCUAGCCCAGGUAACUCCUAAGUGCCCAGUGCCCAAUCUUAUGUAGAUACCUCUUUUAAACCCAACCAAGGCUCUGGGGGUACCUAAGUUGCUCAAGUAUCCCAUCUAGGCUGGGAGAAUAGACUGGACAUUUUUAGUUGUCUGUUGGAAGAAUGAGGGGAAGCAGGUGAAGAAACAUUUUCUUUUGGGGGGCAGGGAAGUGAGAAAUGUUUUUUGGUCCAUCUAACAAAGCUCAGAGAAGGGGGUGAGGUUGGGAGGAGAUUGAGGCUGGCUGGAGUGGUUCUGAUCCUGUGUAGCUCAUCCCAUAAAAUGUUC